AUGAGCACCACGCCCAGCUCGCAGUUGCGUUUGCAGCUGCUGCAACUGCUGCUUUUGCCAGUAAUAAUCCUACUAGUCAUCCUUGCCGCCGCCGCUGAAGAGCGGCUGCCAAUGGGACUUCCGGACUGCCCCGACAUGUGCGGCAACAUCAGCAUCCCCUUCCCAUUCGGCAUCGGGUACGGCUGCUUCCGUGAUGGCUUCGAGGUCCUGUGCAACCACACCCCCGAAGGCCAUCGCGCCUUCCUUGCUGACAAGAGAAUAGUCAAGCGCACGGGCGAGGGCUAUGAGUCGGAGUCGGCUAAUCCUUCGGCUCCGCCUUCAAAGGACCUACAGUGGUCGCAGUCGCCGCUAGAGCUGGUGAGCAUAUCACUCGCCACCGGUGAGGUGCGAGCGUACGCAGCGAUCGCUUACCGCUGCAGGAGAGAUGACAACCGGACCUUCUGCGUGGAACAAGAUUUGAUGUUCGCCCGUACGCUUUUCGACUUGUCGAUUAAAGUGAACAGAGGGAGUAAUAUUCUUAUAGGUGUUGGCUGGAGUGUCGAGCCUUUGCUGGACAGUAAUACUGGUUCGGCGGACCACUUAUCUUGCAAGGCACAAGAUAUGUUUCCACCUGCGGUUAAUGGGUCCUGCGAGGGGUAUGGCUGCUGCGACAUGCCCUUCCCGCCGGGCGAGUAUCGCCCCGGCAAGGCUUUCGGAUGGCUUGUCGCGCGAGAAAACCUCAUGCCGCACAGCUACGACUUGGAAACCAAGCCGUGCUCCUACGCCAUGCUGGUGGAGAAGUCAUGGUACAACUUCUCCACGCCCGACUUGUACGGCAACAUGACGCUACUCAAAAAGAACCCCCGGGGCGUUACCCUCGUGCUUGAUUUUGCCGCCGGGAACACUUCUUGUCCGGCGGAAGGUCAACCGCGGCCUCCCGGCUACGCUUGCGUCAGCGGCAACAGCUCUUGUGUCAACGCAAUAGUUGCUCCUGGCUAUAUCUGCAGGUGUUGGGACCAUUACGCUGGCAACCCUUACAUCACUCACGGAUGCCAAGACAUUGAUGAGUGCAAGCUCCCCGAUAUCUGUGCAAAUGGCGGGGUCUGCAAAAACAAGCCAGGAGGCUAUGACUGCCCAUGCAGGAUGGGAAUGAAAAACGGUGGCGAACGGGGAAACUGA